AGGUAACCUUGGAAGGGGUCGCUGGGCGUCACCGGCUUGCAGGGUCUGCUCUGUGAACUGAGAAACUGGAGGCUGCAGGCCCGGACCGCGCUGAACCUUACGCGCGGAGCGGACACUCUGCCCCUGCGCGCUGUGCCCUCUCACCACCUCAGCGCGGGCUCAUCCUGGUUGGUGAGGUUCGGCACGUCCCGGUCGUCUCGGCUCAGGCGCGGCCGCCCUAGCAGUGGGGUUUCCAGAGCCCGAGCCUUUACAACCACCUGUUGGAGUGGGGCUGUGGCUACUGCGCUCGGUGAACAGCUCGGUGGCCCGCCCUGUUACCGGCUUUGACCUUAUCCCCAGCGUGUGGAGGAAGGGAUCGUUCAUCUCGGCGAAGACACAACGCUUUGACGCUGGCCCAGUACGCGGCCAACCCCAAAGGCGGCUAGGCGCUGGGCCUGAAGGCAGUUCGGGGAGAUUUGGGGCAGUUCACCCACCCUGGCACGUGGAUGUCUCAUAGAACGACAGGAACUGAGAGGGCACUUAUUCUACAACUCAUCCCAUCCCCAGACUGGAAACCUGGGACCCAGGAAGAAGAGGGUUCUUGCCCAAAGUCCCACCGCGAGGAAGGCAGCUGAGGAUCCCAGCUUAACCCCGUCUUAGCGCCCCCUGGCGGGUCGGGAGCUCCGGGCGCGGAGUGCGCCCUGACCUGCGGGGCGCAAGCUUGAGGGUGACCCAGCGGCCCGCGCGGCUGUCCUGACCGCUCUUACACAGGAUAGGAAUAAUCCAUUAGGACCCAGAGGAUCGGGCCAGGCGCUGCCUCCUCCCGUCCUCCAGCGAUGUGCUGGGGAGGCGGAAGGAGAAGCCCGGGACCUGCGGUGCCCUAGGAAAAGAGCCGGGAGUAGUUGGAGGCCUGGGUCCGGUGAGCCGUGUGACCCGGGUGGCCCUCCUCUCUCUGGGCCACUUGGACUGGACACGGAACCCCGCUGCGGCGUGCGCGCAGGAGAAGCGGCGGUGGCUGUGUCCCCGGCAGGACUUCGGCACAGCUUCUCAAGGGUGCGACCCCUGAGCGCGCCCGCCGCGCGACAUGAGGGUGCGGCCGCAGGUCUGCGAGGCACUGCUCUUCGCCCUGGCACUCCAGACUGGCAUGUGCAUCAAAUGGCUGGCACUAUCCAAGACGCCAGCAGCCCUAGCGCUGAACCAGACGCAGCAUUGCAAGCAGCUAGAGGGCCUGGUGUCUGCGCAGGUGCAGCUCUGCCGCAGCAACCUGGAUCUCAUGCACACCAUUGUGCAAGCCGCCCGCGAGGUUGUGAAGGCCUGCCGCAGGGCCUUCGCAGACAUGCGCUGGAACUGUUCCUCCAUUGAACUUGCCCCCAACUACCUGCUUGACCUGGAGAGAGGGACCCGGGAGUCAGCCUUCGUGUAUGCACUGUCAGCAGCCGCCAUCAGCCACACCAUUGCCCGGGCCUGCACCUCCGGCGACCUACCUGGCUGCUCCUGCGGCCCCGUCCCAGGUGAGCCACCCGGGCCCGGGAACCGCUGGGGAGGAUGUGCGGACAACCUCAGCUACGGGCUCCUCAUGGGGGCCAAGUUUUCCGAUGCUCCUAUGAAGGUGAAAAAAACAGGAUCCCAAGCCAAUAAACUGAUGCGUCUACACAACAGUGAAGUGGGGAGACAGGCCCUGCGUGCCUCUCUGGAAAUGAAGUGUAAGUGCCACGGGGUAUCUGGCUCCUGCUCCAUUCGCACCUGCUGGAAGGGGCUGCAGGAGCUCCGGGAUGUGGCUGCUGACCUGAAGAUCCGCUACCUAUCAGCCACCAAGGUAGUGCACCGACCCAUGGGCACCCGCAAGCACCUGGUGCCCAAGGACCUGGAUAUCCGGCCUGUGAAGGACUCGGAGCUCAUCUAUCUACAGAGCUCACCCGACUUCUGCAUGAAGAAUGAGAAGGUGGGCUCCCAUGGGACGCAAGACAGGCAGUGCAAUAAGACGUCCCAUGGCAGUGACAGCUGCGACCUCAUGUGCUGUGGACGUGGCUACAACCCCUACACAGACCGCGUGGUCGAGCGGUGCCACUGCAAAUACCACUGGUGCUGCUACGUCACCUGCCGCAGGUGUGAGCGCACAGUGGAGCGCUAUGUGUGCAAGUGAGGCCCCACCACGCCCCGUGGGAGCUCAGUGGCCGCUCACCGCUCCUCGGGACCCGGCCGAGGGGCCUGGAGACACCCCAGGGAUUUUGCUUGUGAAUUCCCGUUGCCGGGCGUGGGAGCCAGCUUGUGCUUUACCUCCACUUGGAAGCCACCAGGAACAGAAGUCCUGGCCACCCUGGAAGGAGGGCUGGGACAUCAAAGGAAACCGACAAGAUUAAAAAUAACCUGGCAGCCCCAGCACUAGAGUGCCCUCUUGCUGCCUGCCAGGCUGGUCUGAGAAGCCAGGGGCAUGGGUUUGGCCAAACUGGUAUGGACAUGAUCCUUCCCAGCCAGAGACAGCGGCCUCCCAGGGACGGGGUGUGGGGGGUGGUCUGCCUGCCCUUGUCAGAACGUUCUGCAGGCUCAGGCUUUGAGACCUCCCAGCACACCCUGGCGUCUGAGCCUGCUGGGCUCACCACAUGGAACCACUAGCUUGGGUUGUAAAUGUUUUACUGUUUUGUUUUUUUCUUCUGGGAUGUGGGAGCUACAGAAAUAUUUAUGAAACAUAGCUUUUUCUUUGGGGGUGGCUUGCCUCAGUUUCUCUUUAUAUAUUUUAUAUAAAUAAAUAUAUAUAUAUAUAUGACCUAUAUAUAUAUAAUAAUGACCUAUAUUUUAAACAAGCUUUUUAAACACCUGUAGGAAAU